GCCCCCAAAAUCAUCCCGAGCUCCAGCUGCUUCCCUUCCCUUCUCGAGAGGAGAGGCGGGGACGAGACGAGCGCGGCGGCAUCGCCUCCCAAAACCCUCGCCUCCCCUCCCAUGUCGAGCCCGCGACCCGCCCCCGCACCCGCCCCAGCCGCCGCCGCAGCCGCAGCAGCAGGCCAGAACCCUAGAGCGGCCCCCUCCGCUCCGGCGGCGGCGAGGGCGCGCGAGGAGGGCGAGGUCUCCUCCGGCGCCGACGACGACGAGGCACUGCAAACUCGAUUGGAUGCUCCAUACAAUGUUGGGAAGUUUGUGGAGCCUGGUGCUCAAGUCCCUGGUAAAGGUGGUAAUGCCUUGAGUGUCACAAAUGUUAUGGCUCACAAAACAGCUGCUCCAAGUUAUAAGAAGAUCAUGAGGGUGAAUCAAGGGCAAUUCAAACCCGGCACAAAUCGAAAUCUUACAUGGCAGAAGCCUGUGUCAAGUGAUAACCUUGUGAUAACUUUCUCUGAUGAUGAUAGUGGGACCGACUCAGGAAAGACAAAGCAAGAUAGAGUUAGAGAUAUUAAGGCCAGCUCUCAAGGUACACAGAAAACAAGGACUAGUAUGCAAACUAGGAUCAUGAGAGAGGAAGCACCUCAGCAUAAAACCCACAGUGCAAAGAUAGGAUCCGCAAACUUCCCUGCUUUUCCACUCACACUCAGAAAUGCAGGGGCUAGUAGGGGAUCAAGUGCUACGUUUUUUAGGAGAGAACCACCUAUGCGCCAAGUUACUCCUCUAAAGUCUAAGCAAAAGGAUGGAAAUGGUGUAGGAGUAAAUUCUGCGGAUCAUAGGUUAGAAAGCUUGCGCCAUAAAAUAGCGGCUAGAGAAAAUGAACUAAAAAGUCAAAAAAGACAUAUGUCUGUUGCUAUGAAGAAUGCAGAUCUCUCUACUGAUCAGGCAAGGCUGCCAUCAGAAAAGAUAGGAUUUGAAACUUUCAACAGUGGUGAAUGCUCACGCCUUAAUAGUCCAUUUGAACAUGAUGGAGGACCUAGUAAAAGAUUGAAGCCCAAUCAGCAGCAUUCCUACAGUCAAGUUUGCAGUGACUUGGUAACACUGGCACCUAUUAGUUGUUCGACAGGGAAAAACAACAUGCAAUCUUCUGAAGUGAUAGAUCACCUUGCAAAUGGAACUACCGUGAACUGUAGUGUUGAUGAAACAGAGCAUGCAGUCACAGAAGAACUUUCAGGUCAAAUACAGCAUGGUGGUGCACCUAAGAACCUUCCGUCAUCUAAAACCCACCGCAAAGGUACAGAAGGUGCUGGGAAUCAUUCUACGGUUGAGUUGCGUAGCAGUCUUGCAGCAGCACCAUUUACUAAUGGGCAAAUUAUGCCUGAAGAUACUAGUUUUUUGGUGCCAGUCACUUCUUCCCAAGCUGAGCAACGGGUAAUGCCUAUUGGUACUUCAGCAGUAUUAAACCGUAGGCCACACUUGCAACCUGGAGAGAAUGCCGAUCUUUUGAACAGUAGUCACCAGAUAGGUGCAGAAGGCCAGAACAAAAGAUUGUUCUCUCUGCUUGAGUUGGAGGAACUCCAAGAGAGAGAAUUGGAGGAUGCUCAGGAGCAUAGACGGAAAUGUGAAGUUGAAGAAAGAGAAGCUCUUAGAGCUUAUCGCAAAGCACAAAGAGCUUUAAUGGAGGCAAAUGAAAGGUGUACCAUCCUUCGUAGGAAAAGAGAGAUUUGCUCUGCACAAGUUCAUGGUUUUAUUGCGGAUUCUUUGGUACAGUCAUUGAGUAUUCAGAAUGCUGGAGAUGGCCUUGCAAUGCCAUCACUACUCAAUUCUCAGAUGCAUGCAGAUUGUCAGAUGGCUGAAAAUCAGGGUGGUAGGUACAGUCUAUACCCUGACGAACCUCCUCAGCAGCCAGUUGAUAAGCAUGAGGCACGGCCAAACUAUCAUGAUGAGCUUGCUGCCAGCACUGCUGAUCCAAACUUUGUGAGUACUGCCAAUGAUAACAGCAUGCCUUCAGAUUACAUGGAAGAAGAUCUUCCGUUCACUGCUAGGAGGACAAGAUCAGAGUGUGCUUCACAUCUGGAUAAUCACAUUGAAGAAACUAUACAUGUAUAUGCAGAGGAAAACAGACAAGCUUCUGGUGAUAGUGUGCAGGAUUAUGAGCUUUUAGAAGCUUCUUUGAGGUCUAGAUUGGUGGAAAGAUUUGGGAAGAAAUCAUGUCCGAAUAUCACCGGACAAGGCACCGAAGAACUUGCUGUUGGAAAAGUAGCUGGGGCUGAACAUGACAAAGGGUCUGCACAUGUUGGACUUCAGUUACAGGAAGCAGAGCAGAAUGUUAUGACAACCCUUGAAGAUACAAUGGAGCAUGGAAAUGAUGGCGCUGAAAAGACUGGCGGUCUCUCGAAUUCUAAUAGUGGUCCUUCAAUGGGCAACUGUGAUCCUGAGGACAACAUUUCCUCUCUCAGAGAAUUGUGCAUGCCAUUGAGUACGAACAGUCCCAUUUUCCCUUCAUCAGUUCCACAAAAUGCUGCUAGACACAUCAAGUGGGCAUUUCCUGGCUUUUGUAAGGAAGUUUCAGAUUUCAAAAAUGGCUAUCUGACCAGUGAUGCAGCAUCUGAAGCAACAGAAAGUGUACAAGAUAUAAUACAGGAUCGUGAUGGAGAGAAUGUGAAGAUGCUCCCAACUACACAAAAGGAUAAUGAUAUGGCACACAGUGGGAUCGAUCCCUUCUGGCCCUUCUGCAUGUUUGAGCUCCGAGGAAAAUGCAAUGAUGAAGAGUGCCAAUGGCAACAUGCCGAGCAUCAUGCUUGGAGAAAGUCAAAGCACACAAAAGAUGCAAUGACCUCUGCUUCAGGAAGGAUUCGUUGUGGUCUGUUUCAGCAUAUUCUUCCUGUACCAGCAUACCGUGUUGGUUCGAAUCUUAUUAAAGCUGAUCUGAACUUGAUGCAGUCAGUGUUGGCUAGCAGUUUAUGGCAAUAUUGGCAAAGGGGGUUUUGCGCUUCCUUUCCUUUACCUUUGUCUGUUCAGAGAGUUCUUCCAUCAGAUGCACCAUUCUUACAGACUGGUGAUGGUUUGAUUGCAGAUUUUGAUAGGAACAGACAGCUAUUAAAUUUUCGAAUGCUGGAUAUUAGGAAGAAUAAGAUUGUACAGGGAUCUGUUGAUGUUGAAUUCUUCUUAGAGGGCGCACUUGGUUUAUAUUGCGGAAAAGUAAACAAACCUGACAGGAUCAAGGCUCUUUCACUUCUGGCGCGUGCUAUUGAGGCUGAUCCAAGUACAGUUAUCCUGUGGGUGUUUUAUCUCCAUAUUUACUAUCAAAAGGAUGAAGGACUUGGGAAGGAUGACAUGUUUUCAGAUGCGGUGCAACACAACGUUUACUCCUAUGAACUAUGGCUUAUGUAUAUUAAUAGUAGGUUGCGCUUUGAUGACCGAUUGGAUGCUUAUAAUGAUGCUUUGAGCAUGCUCUGCCAAAUGACAGCAGACACUGACAAGGAUUUCAAAGAAAGAAGUGCUUUCAUACUAGAUAUCUUCUUACAGAUGAUUUACUUCCUGUGCAUGUCUGGAAAUGUAGAGAAGGCGAUUUCUAGGAUUUUGGGGAUUCUUCCAACUGCAGCUCCUGACAAUUCUGGUGACAAGUUGCUCGCUGAUGUCAUUUCUUGCUUGACCAUGUCUGACAGAUGCAUAUUUUGGAUUUCGUGCCUAUAUGUCUCAAUUUACAGGAAGCUUCCAGAGGAAAUUACUGAUCAGCUAGAGUUCCAGAAAUCUCUGCCUCGUGCCUUAGCAUGGCCUGCUGUUGAGCCUAGUGUAGAUAACAGAAGUCAGAUUAUAGAGCUUUUGAAAUAUGCUGCUGAUAAGAUGGCUGUAGAUAUUAGUGAGAGUGUUAAAAAUGGGGAUCCGUCUUACCUGACGUUAUCACAAAUCCUUGCUGUUAACCACAUUAGUUGUCUAGCUGCUCUUGAAGGCUUCAAAUCUUCUGCUGAUAUGCUGGUGAAGUAUAUGGAGGAGUACCCAACGUGUCCUCAGAUUCUCCUUACCUCAGCUUGGCUAGAAAGAAAGUAUGGUACAUGUCCUGGUCUGAAAGGUUUUGAUGAGUUACUAUUGGAUUGGCCUAAAGAGAUGGAAGGAAUUCAAUAUCUGUGGAAUCAAUAUGUCGCGUAUGCUUUGGUCGAUAAUAUUGAGUUAGCUGAGAAGGUACUAGCUUGCUGGUUUGAAGAAUAUGGAGAGGAUCGUGAUACCCAAAGUAAUGUUUCUGUUGGUACAGUAGAAGUCAGCACUGAAGCGUCCGGACAACCAUCACUUGCUUCAGCCCAGAAAGUUGGUUCGAGUCCAUCUACAUCAGAAGAUCAGGUCUUUCGGUUAUUAAAUCUCUCAUUGUAUAAGAUACUAGAGAACAACCUACCGGAAGCAGAAGUUGCUGUGGAUAAAGCAUUGAAAUCGGCUCAUGGGGAGUGCUAUGAGCACUGUUUAAGAGAACAUGCCGCAAUUCACACGCUGGAGAAAUCAUCAUCUUCUGCAGAUGCUCAAACUCAAGCUGCCUUCAGCUUAAUCAUUGGUUAUCUUGCAGAUCAUCGGAACUUGCCCGCAAAAGAUUUGCUGUCAAGAAAGUUUUGCCAGAAUGUUAAGAAGCAUAGGCUUAAGCAGUUAAUAGAUGACACUAUAGGUCCGGCAUCUGUAGAUUCUUCUCUGAUAAAUUCUGUCCUUGAAGUGUGCUUUGGCCCAUCUCUCCUUCCAGAAAAAAUUGGCAAAGUGAAGUACUUGGUUGAUUUUGUUGAAUCAGUGAUGGAGGUUCUUCCUGCAAACUAUCGCCUAGCCUUGGCAGUUGGUGGAUUCAUUGUUAAGCGGUACACAGGUGCUGACCCUACCUCCAUGGGCACCAGGUUCUGGGCAAGCUCUGUUCUGAUCAACUCCAUUUUCCAAGCUGUACCUGUUGCGCCAGAAUCGGUAUGGCUAGAAGGUGCCAGUCUCCUGGAGAAACUGCAUGCUGCAGAGACCGUGAAGAGGUUCCACCAGCAGGCAACAUCCGUCUACCCCUUCUCCUUCAAGCUGUGGCACGCGUACUUGAACGUCUGUAAGGCCGGCGGGAGCAACACAGAGAGCAUAGUGGAAUCUGCUAGGCAACGUGGCAUCGAGCUGAAUCUGACCCCUACCUAACUGUCCCUUUGAUCCAAAGACGAAGCGAUUCGGCAGACGGAGCUGUAGGUAGUGUUGUGUUAACUGGAGAUGACGUAGAUACUGGUGGUGGCGGUGGUGGUGGGAUCGUUUUGUUCUUCAGGCACAGGUUUAGUGGCACAUAGUCGUGGAUACCAUACAACAUCUAACUAGUGGCGAUGGAUACAAGCAUAUGGGCAUACAAUACAGUGGAAUGUUGGUGGCAGAUUUAUUGAUUUGUAACAUUUUAAUUAAUCCUUGUUUUCUCUGUUAUGCAUAAAUGUUGUUUUGAAGUAUCAUGAUUAAUGGAGAUAUGAAAUGAGAAUUUUGGUUCA